CGAUGCAGUUUGGGCUUUUGAAAAUAUGAAUAUUGUAAAUUCUUAAGAGUUCGGCCCAAUGUAGUCUCUGGUGCAAAGUUGGCCCUGGUUUUCUGGCCGAAGAGUUCAGCUCUCAUUUUCUCGAGAGUCGACACACAAACAAGUUUCUGGAGAGAAAAGGAAUAGCAAACAAACACCUCACUGCGUCCCCAAUUCUCCAGAACCAUCCACCAACUCGGCGGACUGAAAUCACCUCAUUCAAUUCAAUUCAAUCCCACCGAAAAAGCUCCUUCCAUCACUUUCCCGAGAUUUCUUCCCCCACCGCUUCAAUUUUCCACCUAUAUAUCUCCUUCUCGACCUCCGCCGAUCACAACUCACAAUCGCUCCUCAGGGAAAUAAACAUCAGGCAUACAGCAACAUCACUCAAAAGCUUUCCGUCUUACAUUUCAGUUAGUUGAAUCGAAGCUCCUCCGUCCGUCAAUGGCGACGAAAACAGAAGGCAAAGCAAUCGGCAUCGACCUCGGCACCACCUACAGCUGCGUCGGAGUAUGGCAGAACGACAGGGUCGAAAUCAUCGCCAACGACCAGGGCAACCGCACCACCCCUUCCUACGUCGCCUUCACCGACACCGAGCGCCUCAUCGGCGACGCCGCCAAGAACCAGGUCGCCAUGAACCCUCACAACACCGUCUUCGACGCCAAGCGCCUCAUCGGCCGCAAAUUCUCCGACCCCUCUGUUCAGGCCGACAUGAAGCACUGGCCCUUCAAGGUCAUCCCUGGCCCAGGCGACAAGCCCAUGAUCGUGGUCCAGCACAAGGGCGAGGAGAAGCAAUUCGCCCCUGAAGAGAUCUCCUCCAUGGUCCUAAUCAAGAUGAGGGAAAUCGCCGAGGCCUUUUUGGGGCAAAGCAUCAAAAACGCUGUCGUCACGGUCCCGGCCUACUUCAAUGAUUCUCAGAGGCAGGCGACGAAGGACGCCGGCUCAAUCGCCGGUCUCAACGUCCUCCGAAUCAUCAACGAGCCGACCGCCGCCGCAAUUGCUUACGGUCUCGACAAGAAAGCGUCGAGUCGCGGCGAGAAGAACGUCCUCAUCUUCGAUCUCGGCGGAGGAACUUUCGAUGUCUCUCUGCUGACGAUCGAGGAAGGGAUCUUCGAGGUGAAGGCAACCGCCGGAGACACGCAUCUGGGAGGCGAGGAUUUCGACAACCGGCUGGUGAGUCACUUCGUGGCGGAGUUCAAGCGGAAGAACAAGAAGGAUAUCAGCACCAACGCUAGAGCUCUGAGGCGGCUGAGAACCGCGUGCGAGAGGGCGAAGAGGACUCUGUCUUCCACUUCACAGACCACAAUCGAAAUCGAUUCCCUCUACGAAGGGAUCGAUUUCUACUCCACCAUUACCAGAGCUAGGUUUGAAGAAUUGAACAUGGAUUUGUUCAGGAGGUGUAUGGAGCCCGUGGAGAAGUGCCUCCGCGAUGCCAAGAUCGACAAGGGGCAGAUAGACGACGUCGUUCUGGUUGGCGGUUCGACGAGGAUUCCCAAAGUCCAGCAGCUGCUUCAGGACUUCUUCAACGGGAAGGAGCUCUGCAAGAGUAUCAAUCCUGAUGAGGCGGUAGCUUACGGAGCAGCGGUUCAGGCGGCGAUUCUGACCGGAGAGGGAGACGAGAAGGUUCAGGAUUUGCUUCUUCUUGAUGUUACCCCUCUCAGCUUGGGUCUCGAGACCGCCGGCGGCGUGAUGACGGUGUUGAUUCCGAGGAACACGACGGUUCCGACGAAGAAGGAGCAGGUUUUCUCGACCUACUCCGACAAUCAGCCCGGGGUUUUGAUUCAGGUGUACGAAGGGGAAAGGGCGAGAACCAAGGACAACAACUUGCUAGGGAAAUUCGAGCUCUCUGGAAUUCCACCGGCGCCGAGGGGAGUCCCUCAGAUCAAUGUGGUCUUCGACAUCGACGCCAAUGGGAUCCUGAACGUGUCGGCGGAGGACAAGACGGCGGGAGUGAAGAACAAGAUCACGAUCACGAACGACAAGGGGAGGUUGAGCAAGGAUGAGAUUGAGAGGAUGGUUCAGGAGGCAGAGAGGUACAAGGCAGAAGAUGAGGAAGUGAAGAAGAAGGUGGAGGCGAAGAACUCGUUGGAGAAUUACGCGUACAACAUGAGGAAUACGAUUAAGGACGAGAAGAUUGCCGGGAAGUUGGAUUCGGCGGAUAAGGAGAAGAUCGAGAAGGCGGUGGAGGAGACGGUGCAGUGGCUUGAUGGGAAUCAGCUGGCGGAGGUUGAGGAGUUGGAGGACAAGCUGAAGGAGCUGGAAGCUCUCUGCAAUCCGAUCAUUGCUAAGAUGUAUCAGGGUGGCGCUGGUGGUGAUGUGCCGAUGGGCGGCGGCGGUGGUGGCGGCGGCUACGGCGGUGGUGAUGCAUCGAGUGGCGGUGGUGCUGGUCUUAAGAUUGAAGAAGUUGAUUGAAGUGGGAUGGGAUGGAAUGAUCUGAUUAUCGAAGAUCGUUGGGAGUGGGUUUUGGGAUGUGUAAUCAUGGUUUGUAGCUAAAUAAAUGGCCAAUGUAUUAAGGGGUUUUCUUUUUUCUUUGGCAGGAAGUAGUAAUGUAAUAGUUGAGCUUUGUAGAUAGAUAGGAAGUGUUCUUGGCAGAUCCCUAUGAAUAAGGUGGUCUUAAGUUUCGUGUAUGAUCGUAAUCAUGAAGUGUUUAAUUCUAAACAGCACUCUUCGUUAAUUAAUUUUUAACAAGUGUUGAGCAGAAGUGCAGAACAUAGCAAGCAGAGUGGUGCUUUGCUGAUUGGGCCCAACCCAAUAGAACGUCGUGAUGGUAAUGAGUCUAUUGAAUGCCUUAAGUGUUGGCAGCCCAGAGAGGAUUGUAAGAGGUGUGUUUAGAGUUUAGACUUUUGACCGGCGUGCAAUGGUUGUCGUGCAAGAUUGUCAACCCGCGGGUUGACUCGGACCCAGUUGAACUAGUGGGUCAAGGGUUAAUGGGUCACCCAUUUUAGCCUGGUUUAGCCCGAAAAUAUGGAAAGCGUCAUUAUAUUGUACUUAUCCUGAUAAAUUAUAUUAAAUCUC